AUUAACACUACAAAAAAAAAAAAAAAAAAAAAACACUACCAAACGCCGCAACGGCAUGGAGAUGGAGCUUGAUUCAUCAUCAUCACCCGGCGUUGAAGACACCACAAACACACGCUGUACCUUCUGCUGCUUCGGUUCCCGUCGUUCCACCACCCUAAACUUACCAUGGUGGAAGCGCGUGCGACCCACAUCAUGGUCCGAAUCUCGCUCUGACUCCCCAACGAUAACCGCCACUUCCGGUCAACAGUGGUACUCCCGUGGCUUCAUGAAAAUCCGCGAGUGGUCGGAGAUCGUAGCAGGACCACGCUGGAAGACGUUUAUCCGACGGUUCAACCGGAAUAGAAGCGGAGGUUUCCGGCAUGCCGGAAAAUAUCAGUACGAUCCUUUGAGUUACUCCUUGAACUUCGAUGAGGGACAAAACGGGGAUUUCGAAGAUGAUUCUCCUGAUAGAUUUCGGAGCUUUUCCACCCGUUACGUUGCGGUGGUUCCUCCUAUCAAGUCUGUUUCGACUGAUUUGGAACAGAACGUCGUCGUUUCCAGCUGAGAAUUGGAAAUUAGAUUACCGUGAUUGAAAGCGUGACGUCAUUUUUUAAAUUUAUUUUUAGAAAUUAAGGUGAAAAUUUUGAAGAAGAAUUAUGAUAAUAGGACAGG